CGGGUCGACUUAAACAUCACAUCAAAGAACAAAAUUUUCCGGAAAAAGUGAUGAAAAUUCAAGUAAAAUUAGUUGCAAGUCGAUUCUUAACCGUAGUAUUUGACGAUGAUUUUCCGUAUUUAUAAGCGAGAUUUCAGUGUUCUUUAUUGAAGAAGCAGCGAGUAGUGUGUAAAAUUGUAGCGUUACAACAACAACAACAACCAAAAAAAUGAGUUCGAGCAGUAAACAAACUGUUCGUUCGACACUUUCGGAGCCUCUGUGUCGUCCCAGCAGGAUUCCAACAGCGAUUGGCGCAAAAGCAGUGACCAGCCCAAGUUCGUGGAGUGUUCAGCAUUCGCCCCAACACACCGGCAAACGCAGUUCGAACGCCCAAUCGAACGGAACUUCGUCGCAAACGACGACAACAGCAGCGGCGGCGCCUCGUUUCGAAGCUUACAUGAUGACGGGCGACAUUAUCCUCAAUAUUUCGAAGAAAGUACCGAAAAAUAUCAAACCGCCAACGACGAUCGCGACAAAAAAAGCUCCCGCAUCUCCGUUAAUCGUCGCUCGGAACGGAGCAUUUGCGCCGCAUGCCAAAUACGACUCGUCGCCAUCAAGCCCCUCGGAUGACAACAGCGCCUGCUGCGACAAAGACACGUUUUGCAUCAAAGAGGAACCCGCAAAAUCGUCAUCUGUCUCCUCGAGUAACUCGUCGUCAGCCAAUAACAGCAGCAGCACCUUUAGUAACGACGCUGUCGACUGCCCGCUGCUGAAAACGGGCAAAAAUCGCGUCGCCAUCGAGAAACAAGCGUCAAUUAACGUCUCGGAAACAUCGAGUGUCAGUUCGAACGAAAUGAGUUUCUCCGUACCGACGAGCCCGACUUCCCUCAACAUGCCAAAUUCGAAUUUGUACUGCAAAAAAGAGGAGGCCUUGCUGAAAAUGACGUCAGCUCCCACGAGUCCCGACACGGAAAACACCACGACGCAGGAUUUCAUCAAGCGUAACAUGAACAACAUGAAUGCCGAGGUGCAAAAGAAACGCGAUACUCUCGGGCGUGUUCGUACUUCACGCAGCGAAGACCCGUUACGUGAUGGCAUCAAUAACUCCGUCGUGCCCAUUAACAUUGACGAGGAUUUUAAUUCGUCGCUGAAUACGUUGCUCGAUACGCGAAACGAAUCGGAUUCGCCCCAAAGUGCGGGACCCGGAGGAGAUCGCAUCGUUUGGACUUAUAAUGCGCCCGUGCAAGGCGGCGUCGGCGGAAGAAUUAUCACGUCGCCACUGUCUCAAAGUUCCUCGGAGUCGCCGCGUUGCUCCGAAAGUCAACUGGCAAGUCCGACGUCGCCGAGCUCCAAUGAGGCAACGAGUAACGACAUUCAAAACAUUCAGAAUCUCACGAAUGAUCAAAGUGUUUCGGAAGUGUCGGCAGUCUCGAAUAUCUCGUCGCCCGACUAUCAGGAUGAGCAGUUUAGUGCACGGGAGUUGUGUGUCAUUAGUGAUCCGUCGGAUAGCGAUAGCACCAUUCUUGCCUCGGAGAAACAAUAUUCGGAUGUUGAGCCAGGGAAUAAAAUUGUCAUACAAGUUGCGGGAAUGGAUGUCAAUGGAAAAGGUGACAACAACCAAGAAGACGAAUACGAGAAAAACGUGGCAGCUUCCUUGGAAAAUCAUCCGGGCAACACAAACGACUUGAAUGGCGGCAGAGAAGGAUCGCCAACGGAAGAUGGAAGUGACAUCGAGUCGUUGCAUUCAUUCCAUUACUCGCCCAAGGGAGUCGAUAUCCCGUCAGCGGUGCGUCUCGCAAAGCGCUUAUACCAUCUCGAGGGCUUCAAGCGAUCCGACGUGAGCAAACACCUCUGCAAAAAUAACGAAUUUAGUCGCGCCGUCGCCGAAGAGUAUCUCAAAUACUUCAAAUUUGAGAAUCUCACGCUCGACGAAGCUCUGCGAAAAUUCCUGAAAAAGUUCUGUUUGUCGGGCGAAACGCAGGAACGUGAACGAGUCCUCGUGCACUUUUCCAAACGUUAUCUCGACUGCAAUCCGGGAAGUUUCAACUCAACCGACGCCGCGCAUACGCUCGUGUGUGCCUUGAUGUUGCUCAACACGGAUCUCCAUGGACAAAAUAUCGGCCGAAAGAUGACGUGCUCCGAGUUUAUCGAGAAUUUGAGCGAAUUGAACGACGGCGGGAACUUUCCGAAGGAUAUUUUGAAGCAGUUGUAUCAUUCGAUCAAGUCACGUGUCAUUGAAUGGGCUGUCGAUGAUGCAGUGGAUGGCGAUGGAAGGCGCGUCGAUGAAAAAGGCAGCAAGUUACAUCAUCAGAAUAGCGCCGGAAGUGUCGGAAUUGACAAUCCGUUGCUCGAAAACGACAAUUUGAAUGAUGGGCUGCCGGCGAUUGAAUACAAAAAGGGAUAUGUGAUGAAGAAAAGUUGCUACGAUUCGGCGAAUAAAAAGACGCCGUUCGGUAAACGAGGAUGGAAAAUGUUCUAUUGCACGUUGCGCGAUACGUGCAUCUAUUUGCACAAAGACGAACAUGGAUUCCGACGAAAUCAAGUGAGCGACAAUUAUCACAACGCGAUCUCGAUUCAUCAUUCACUCGCAACGAAAGCAGGAGAUUAUGUGAAGAAACAACACGUUUUUCGGUUGAUUACCGCAGACCAAGCAGAGUAUUUGUUCCAAACCAGUGAUUCAAAAGAGCUCCAAAGUUGGAUCGAAACAAUAAAUUUCGUGUGCGGAACAUUCUCGACGCCUGCCUUAAGCGGAGCCAUUGGCAAUUCGAAGCGUUUCCAACGCCCUCUGUUGCCGUGUUCCCGCACCAAGUUAACAUUCCGCGAGCAAUUUGCGUCGCACGAACGCCAAAUCCAGCUGCUCGAACAGAGUCUCGACGAACAUCGACAAGGCACGGUCCCGAGCAAGGGACUCGGCAUGCAAAACUUCAAGGAAAAAGAAGCCUACUUGUGCUACGAAAUCAAACGCUACAAAGCCUACGUGUCGGCGAUGCGAACCAAAAUGUCGGAAUUUCAGGAGAAUCAGUACAGUCCAACGUUGAGCGCCGGCAGUGCGGGAAGCGCCUCAGGUACGUACGACGACACGAUGGUACAAUCGACGACGACAACGACGACGCAGAGCUACAAAUCCAAGAGGCAUGGCGAAAAGACGAACGCCAGCUUCACGGAUGGAUGAUGACCGCGAAUCGAGUAUCCUUCGAGUGUUUGGUGUCGCAACACAAAAACCAUGAGAUUUUAGCUUACGCGAAAAAAAUUUGAUGCGCUAAUCAAAAAAUUUUUCUGCUCGUGUUUGAGUGAAAUUCGUCUCUUUCUUUGUUUUAAAAAGAUUCGAGAGAUAAAAAAAAUAUGUGUAUCCCCAAUUAUUAUUAAAGUACACGCUAAACGCUUCUUCAUUUUUAUGAAAAAAAAAACUUUUCGCUGAGAUUUCGAUUCGCCGCAAUUAUUUGUGUAAAAUUUGUUAACUACUAUAUUAUAU